AUGAAACGACACGGGAAUCACAGAAACACACAAUUUCAACACCACAACACCCAAUUAACACGAAAUAACACUCAAACCACAAGAACAACUCAAGAAGAAUCAUCAAAUAAAACCAAAUCUAGGAAAUUCCGAACCUACAGUCAUGCACUCACCUUGAUUUGGCUAGAAACAUGGAAAGGAAGGAGAGACAACGACGAGAUCGACGAACAGCACAGAGAAACGCCUCCAGAAGCUCGGAUUCACCACGAAAUCGCCCAGAAAACUCAACUUCUCUCCUCUUCUCAAGAACCAGCCGCAAAGCGACCACAAGGAACAGCUGCGGCUCUUUUAUUCGCGACCUAG